AUGGGGCCACCAGAUCCAAUUCUAGGUGUGACCGAGGCGUAUAAAUUAGACAAAAACCCAAAUAAAGUGAACCUUGGUGUUGGUGCAUACCGAGAUAAUUCGGGCAAACCAUAUGUGCUGCCAUCAGUACGAAAAGCAGAAGAAUCAAUAAUGGACGCACAUAUGGAUAAAGAAUAUGCUGCUAUUUCAGGCAUACCUGAAUUCACGCGAUUAGCUGCACAGCUUGCGUUAGGUGAACGAUCGUCGGCGAUCAGUCAACACCGAAAUGUCACUGUUCAGAGUGUGUCCGGCACUGGUGCCUUGAGGAUUGGAGCCGAAUUUCUGGCGAAAUGCUUGGAUGGCCCCAAAGUUGUUCAUAUACCAAUGCCGUCUUGGGGCAAUCAUGUAUCAAUUUUCAGGCAAUUAUUUUUUCAUUUAUCAGUCGAUUUAUCUGGCCAAAAAAUGUUAUUACAAAAUUCGACACUAAACUGUUCUGGUUUCGAGGUGAAGCGAUAUCGAUACUACAAUCGAAAAACAUGCGGAUUUGAUGAAUCAGGUGCACUCGAGGAUGUAUCCAAAGCACCUCGGAACUCAGUGAUUUUAUUACAUGCAUGUGCUCACAACCCUACUGGAGUUGAUCCGAAGCUUGAGCAAUGGAAGAAACUCGAAGAGGUGAUUCGCGAAAGAAAAUUGUUGCCGUUCUUUGAUAUGGCAUAUCAAGGGUUCGCGUCGGGAUGUAUUGAUCGUGAUGCGUUUGCAGUCAGAUAUUUCAUUGACCGAGGCAACUGCGUUGCAUUAGCGCAAUCAUUCGCCAAAAAUAUGGGACUAUAUGGCGAGCGCACAGGCGCAUUUACGUUGGUGUGUUCAUCAGAAGAAGAGGCGUUGCGAGUGAUGUCUCAGGUAAAACGAGUUAUACGUCCGAUGAUCUCGAAUCCCCCGAUUCAUGGUGCUCGAAUCGCGGCUACAAUCCUUGGCAAUGCCUCAUUGAAAAAACAGUGGCUUAAAGAAGUUAAAGAAAUGGCCGAAAGAAUAAUCUCAAUGCGCCUUCAUCUCCGAGAUAUCCUCAAAAUGGAAGGUUCUACUCGGAAUUGGCAGCAUAUAGUUGAUCAAAUCGGAAUGUUUUGUUUCACUGGAUUAUCACCCGAACAAGUCAGAUUUUUGAACGUUACUCAAUUGACGAAAGAGUUCAGUAUCUACCUCACGAUGGAUGGACGUAUUUCAAUGGCUGGCAUCACAACCGAAAAUGUAGCUUACGUAGCGAGAGCAAUGCAUAUUGUUACGCAAUAA